CAGAGCGGCGGGGCGCUGCGCAGGGGCCGCCCCAGCGCCGCGGAAGCGGCGGCGGCCCCGCCCCGUGGGGCGGCGGGACCCGCGCGGGUCGGGCCGGGCCGGGCCGCCGCGCUGCGCUGCGCGGCGCGAUGGGCCCCGGCUGGCGGGCGCCGUCGGCGGCGCUGGUGGGCGGCAGCGUGGCGCUGUUCGGGGCGCUGCGGCGGGCGGCGCGGGGGCUGCCGCGACCCGCCGCCGUGCGGAGCCGCCCCGGGCGCGCCUGGCGCUGGGGCAACCUGCUCGUCUCCUUCGUGCACUCGGUGCUCGCCGGCCUCUGGGCCCUGCUCAGCCUCUGGCAGUCCUCGGAGCUGCUCUCCGACAUCCAGGACGGCUACUGCGUCUCGGGGCACCUGCUCGUCUGCUUCUCCUCGGGCUACUUCAUCCACGACACCUUGGACAUCAUCCUCAGCCACCAGUCGCGCUCGUCCUGGGAGUACCUGGUGCACCACGCCAUGGCCAUCUCUGCCUUCGUCUCGCUCAUCAUCACGGGCCGCUUCCUGGUGGCGGCGAUGCUGCUGCUGCUGGUGGAGGUGAGCAACAUCUUCCUCACCACGCGCAUGCUGCUGAAGAUGAGCAACGUGCCUUCGCCGGCGCUCUACGAGGUGAACAAGUACGUCAACCUGGUGAUGUACUUCGCCUUCCGCCUGGCGCCCCAGGCCUACCUCACCUGGUACUUCCUGCGCUACGUGGAGGUGCAGGGCCAGGGUGCCUUCCUCAUGGCCAACCUCCUGCUGCUCGACGCCAUGAUCCUCAUGUACUUCUCCCGCCUGCUGCGCUCCGACUUCUUCCCCUCCUUGCACAAGGCCUCCGCGGGGAGAGACGUGGACGGGGAGAAGUUUCUGAUAGACUGAGACGUGUGCGUGCCGGGGCGGGAGCCGGCUCCGGCUCCCGGCGGCCCCGGGCCUUCCUCACCUGCUCUGAUGUGCCUUAGGGCUCGCUCCCUGGCUGCGGGCCGCUGCCUCCAAGCGCUACCCUGCCGGACCAGCCCGACAGCCUCGCGAAGCCGCGGGGCCGAACCGAGGGGCGGGGAGCCGACGCCGGCUCUGCGCAGGGCGCUUGAGGGCCAGGGGCGGCUGCCUUCUGCAGCCGGCAGCCCCAGCGAGCCGCGAGGGAAGGGCCGAGUCCCUGCUGCCUUGUUGCUGGGUGUUACACGCAUUAAAUCGGUCUGUUCACUGCUGCCGCA